UUUGUGUUUUGGUUUCUUCAAUUCGCAGUGCGUCGUUGAAUUCUCUUCUUCUUCUUUUUAGGCUUAUAGUUGAAUUUUAUACUUCCUUUUUCCCGUUUAUAUUAUAUUCCUUGUGAAAUAUUCCUAUGCUGAUAAGGUGAUAUCACAAUAAACAAUAGAGGUUAUAAUAUUGCGCAAAUAUAGUAAAAAUACCUUUUUUGUGUUGAUCCCUUUACACAUGGUGAUCUUUCUAGCGUAGCGGCAAAUGCAAAGGUGAUUAAAAUUUUGUUUUAGGUCAUAGGUUUAACUUUGAGUUAGUCAUUUGUGCAUUUUAUUGAAUUCCCUCGUUGGAUUCUUUGGCUCCAGGGUACAUUAAUUUUUUCUUGUGCUCAAGUUUCCGGAUCAACAAAAACACUUUUCUCUAUUUCUUUUAGUCAUUCUCUCGUUUGAUUAUAAUUAAGGAUGGAAGUAUACCAGCAGCAGUACAGGCGACUACUUGACCGCCUAGAUGAAAACGGAGAUGGGAAAAUAUCAGCAUCAGAGUUGCAACAAUGUGUACAUUUGAUUGGCAAAGAUAUGUCAUAUGACGAAGCAAAGGCUGCGGUUGCAGCCCAUGACUCGGACGAUGAUGGCUUAUUGGAUUUCGAUGAUUUUGUCAGAUUAGUAGAAGAUGGGACCGAAGAAGAGAAGGCGCGCGAGUUGAAGGAGGCAUUUCGGAUGUAUGAAAUGGAGGGAUGUGGAUGCAUUACUCCGGAGAGUUUACAGAGAAUGCUCGAUAGAUUAGGGGAGUCGAGAACUAUUGACGAGUGCAGAGGAAUGAUUGCGAGAUAUGAUAUUAAUGGCGAUGGUUUACUGAAUUUUGAUGAGUUUGUGAUCAUGAUGCAUUGCUAGACAUGAGUUUGUAGUGGGUUGCUCUGGUGGUGAGCACCCUCCACUUCCAACCAAUAAGUUCUGAGUUCGAGUCACACCAAAUGCAAGGUGCGGAGCUCUUGGAGGGAGGAAAUAAAAAAAAAAUCCGCUUUGGGGUGACAGGGGUUUUUGGCUAGACAUUAGUUAUAUGUCAAGUUGUUUGUGAUUGUGAUCUUGUUCUCCUUGUUUAGGCCUUGUACUUACGCUUCGUUAACAAUUUGUAUUGGUAAAUGAAGGCACAUUCUUUCUGUAUAAUUUAUUUGAAUUAUCACUUACUCAUUGUGCAUCAGAUAUCUAUAUAUGCAUAUCUCCAUAUUUAAUUUCUAGAGUGGCUAUUCAUUGA